CUCCGAUUGAUUCAUGUUUACUAACAAACUGAGCGAGCGGCUAUUUUCACUUGGAAACAGAAUUAUAGAGUGAUUUCUUAAAGAUAAAAUAAAAAUGGUUGAAUGGUACACCAACGUAUACAUAAUUGGACAUCAGUUUUCCUCAUUGUAACAAAUUUAGUACAGCUGAUAGAGGGUAGCUUCUUCAUCAACAGACAUAGUUCGAAACUGAUUUUUGACAAGCCCAGAACUGAUAUUUGCUUACUUGGCACAGCAGAUAACAACAUGCCAUCCAGAAAUGUAAAACAGGCUAUACAAAGCAAAGAACAGGAUGAAGGAGUAGGAGCCAAAGUCAGAAGGAGUGUAGGUAGUAAUCAGCUUCGUAACUUUGAUCCAUUCCUGUUACUUGAUGAUUUUAGAGUUAAAGCCCCUGCUGGCUUUCCUGACCAUCCACACAGAGGAUUUGAAACGGUGACUUAUGUUUUAGAGGGUGGAGUGACACAUGAAGAUUUUUGUGGACACAAAGACACAAUACAUCCUGGUGAUUUACAGUGGAUGACAGCAGGUCGUGGGAUUGUACACUGUGAGAUGCCCCAUGGUACAGAACAAGCUCAUGGACUACAGUUGUGGGUUAACCUGGCAAGUAAAGAUAAAAUGACAGCACCUGCUUACCAGGAGUUGUUAGACAAGGACAUUCCUAAGACAAAACAAGAUGGUGUCCAUGUCAAGGUCAUUGCUGGAGAAUCAUUAGGAAUUAAGUCCCCUGUUUACACGAGAACACCAACAAUGUAUUUGGACUUCCAGCUUGACCAAGGAGCUGUUCUUAAUCAACCUAUACCACAAGGGUGGAAUAGUUUUAUAUAUACCUUAUCUGGAAAGGCAUCUUUUGGUGAGGAUUCCGCUGCCAAACAACAUCACGCUCACUAUACACUUGUUUUAGAUAAAAAUGGCGAUGGGAUAAGAGUGGAAAACAAGAGUCCAGAAGUGUGUCGUUUUGUAUUGAUAGGUGGUAAACCCCUGGGAGAACCUGUUAAACAACAUGGCCCCUUUGUGAUGAAUACACCAGAAGAAAUACAACAGGCCAUGUUUGAUUAUCAAAUGGGAAAGAAUGGUUUUGAAAAUGCAUCCAGAUGGGAAUCUGACUAUGUGAAACGACGAUAAAAAAAAAACGACUAAUCUGUAUUGUUGUAUCUUCCGUCAAUUUUGUACUUACAGUGACAUUUUUUUUUACAUAUGCUGAUUUAACAAUCAUCGUGAUGUCAAGUACCAGGUUUGAUAAAUUAUUACUUUCACAUCGUCAUUUAUUUCAAUUUUCGUGUUGCCGCCUUUUUCUAUUUACAUUAUGUCAGUUGAUUGUUGUUGAUCAAUUUGUCAUACACUCAGUUCUAUAUAUUCUAGUUAGUGACAAAUUUAUCCAUUUAGGUCCCUUUGUUAUGUGUACAGAUGAAGAAAUCAAACAAGCUCUGAAUGAUUACAGACAGGGGGAAAAUGGUUUUGAAAAGGCACAUACUUGGAACUCGUGGGUUGCAUACGAAUAGUAAAGUAUGUGUUCGUGUUACCUUGCACAUGACUUUUGCAGUGUUAAUAAUAUUAAUAAAAAAAAAGGACAAAUACAUCAUGAAAAGACGACACCGACGAAUAAAACACCUUUGCAGUGUUAAACGUAAAAGAACGACAGCUGUCAGAAUAUAGCCUUAUCUUGUCUUCAAUUAUUUAACACUGAUCAUUGAUAUAUAUCAUUAUCACAUGGUUAAAACUAAGA